UGCAGCUCGCCACCCGGCGCCCUCGGACGGGGCCGCCCGGAUGGGACGCCGCGCCUCGGCCCCUGAGCGCCGCUAAGCCAAGACCCCGGCCGCGCGAGCCGCUGCCUCCAUCACCCUCGGGCCGGGAGCCGUGUCCCCUGCCCCCCGGAAAGCUGGAUUUCCGAGGCUGGAGGCGCCUGGCCGACUGGGUGGGGACCACUAUGGGUAACGCAGCAGGCAGCGCCGAGCAGCCCGCGGGCCCUACCGCGUCGCCCCCCAAGCAGCCCACGACUCCCAAGCAGCCGAUGCCCGCGGCGGGAGAGCUGGAGGAGAGGUUCAACCGAGUCCUGAACUGCAUGAACUUGCCCCCGGACAAGGUGCAGCUACUGAGCCAGUAUGACAACGAGAAGAAGUGGGAACUCAUCUGUGAUCAGGAGCGGUUUCAAGUCAAGAACCCCCCUGCAGCCUAUAUCCAGAAGCUGAAGAGCUACCUGGAUACUGGUGGGGUCAGCCGGAAGGUGGCAGCUGAUUGGAUGCCCAACUUGGGGUUUAAGCGACGAGUUCAGGAGUCCACACAGGUUCUGCGGGAGCUGGAGAUCUCCCUGAGGACAAACCACAUUGGGUGGGUGCAGGAGUUUCUCAAUGAGGAGAACCGUGGCCUGGAUGUGCUGCUUGAGUAUCUGGCCUUUGCUCAGUGCUCCGUCACGUAUGACAUGGAGAGCACAGACAACGGGGCCCCCAGCUCGGAGAAGAGCAAGCCCCUGGACCAGUCAGUGGAGGAUCUCAUCAAGGGUCCCCCCUCAUCUUGCCCACCACAGCCCAAGAGUCGCCACCUGACCAUCAAGCUGAACCCAGCCCACAGCAGGAAAACUCUGAGGAAUUCCCGUAUUGUCAGCCGGAAGGACGACGUCCAUGUCUGCAUCAUGUGCUUGCGUGCCAUUAUGAACUACCAGUCCGGCUUCAGCCUUGUCAUGAACCAUCCCGCCUGUGUCAAUGAGAUUGCUCUGAGCCUCAACAACAAGAACCCCAGAACCAAGGCUCUGGUGCUGGAGCUGCUGGCAGCUGUGUGCCUGGUGCGGGGGGGACACGACAUCAUCCUCGCGGCCUUUGACAACUUCAAGGAGGUGUGUGGGGAGCAGCACCGCUUUGAGAAGCUGAUGGAAUAUUUCCGGAAUGAGGACAGCAACAUCGACUUCAUGGUGGCCUGCAUGCAAUUCAUCAACAUUGUGGUACACUCAGUGGAGAAUAUGAACUUCCGUGUCUUCCUGCAAUAUGAGUUCACCCACCUGGGUCUGGACUUGUACUUGGAGAGGCUGCGGCUCACCGAGAGCGACAAGCUGCAGGUGCAGAUUCAGGCAUAUCUGGACAAUGUCUUUGACGUGGGCUCCCUGCUGGAGGACACAGAGACCAAGAAUGCGGUGCUGGAGCAUAUGGAGGAGCUGCAGGAGCAGGUGGCAAUGCUGACAGACAGGCUUCGGGACGCGGAGAACGAAUCCAUGGCCAAGAUCGCCGAGCUGGAAAAGCAGCUGACCCAGGCCCGCAAGGAGCUGGAGACCCUGAGGGAGCGCUACAACGAGUCGACCGCCGUGGGCGCCUCCAGGCAUCCCCCAGAGCCUGAGAAAGUGCCUCCCCCCGCCUCAGCGCGGCCCUCGGCCCUAGAGCUGAAGGUAGAGGAGCUGGAGGAGAAGGGGUUAAUCCGCAUCCUGCGGGGGCCGGGGGAUGCUGUCUCCAUCGAGAUCCUCCCAGUAGCUGUGGCAACUCCAAGCGGCAGUGAUGCCCCGACACCGACUCCGGGAGUGCCCACCGCCUCCCCCAGCCCAGAUCACCAAGGUAAGAAAUUGACACGCCCCCUCCGACCCCUUCUCCCACCUGCAGCAGAGCCUGCUCCUGGAGCAGCGGCCCUACCACCGCCGCCCCCACCCCUGCUUCCAGGUGCUGCUCCCCAACAGGAAGCCCCGCCCCCGGCGCCCCCAGCGGCCCCGCCCCUCCCAGGCAGCCUGGACCUCCCAGCCGCACCACCACUGCCCGGAGACCUGCCGCCGCCCCCGCCGCCGCCGCCACUGAGCACUGAUGGUCCCGUCCCGCCACCGCCCCCACCGCCUCCAGGAGGCCUCUCUGAUGCCCACGGAGGGCCCGGCCCGGAGAUGGGCCCAGGAAUUAAGGCCAAGAAACCCAUCCAGACCAAGUUCCGAAUGCCGCUCUUAAACUGGGUGGCCCUGAAACCCAGCCAGAUCACGGGCACCGUCUUCACCGAGCUCAAUGACGAGAAGGUGCUGCAGGAGCUAGACAUGAGUGACUUUGAGGAGCACUUCAAGACCAAGUCCCAAGGCCCCAGCCUGGACCUCAGUGCCCUCAAGGGCAAGGCAUCCCAGAAGGCUCCCACCAAGGCAACACUCAUUGAGGCCAACCGGGCCAAGAACCUGGCCAUCACCCUGCGCAAGGGGAACUUGGGGGCCGACCGCAUCUGCCAAGCCAUUGAGACGUAUGACCUGCAGACCCUUGGCCUGGACUUCCUGGAGCUGCUGACCCGCUUCCUGCCCACGGAGUAUGAGCACAGCCUCAUCGCCCGCUUUGAGCGGGAGAAGAGGCCCAUAGAGGAGCUGUCGGAUGAGGACCGCUUCAUGCUGCGGUUCAGUCGAAUCCCACGCCUGCCCGAGCGCAUGGCCACGCUCACCUUCCUGGGCAACUUCCCGGACACUGCCCAGAUGCUCAUGCCGCAACUGAAUGCCAUCAUUGCAGCCUCAAUGUCCAUCAAGUCCUCAGACAAACUCCGCCAGAUCCUGGAGAUUGUCCUGGCCUUCGGCAACUACAUGAACAGCAGCAAGCGUGGAGCAGCCUAUGGCUUCCGGCUCCAGAGUCUGGAUGUGCUGUUGGAGAUGAAGUCGACUGAUCGCAAGCAGACGCUGCUACACUACCUGGUGAAGGUCAUCACUGAGAAGUACCCCCAGCUCACAGGCUUCCACAGCGACCUGCACUUCCUGGACAAGGCGGGCACAGUAUCCCUGGACAGCGUCCUGGGGGAUGUGCGCUCCCUGCAGCGAGGUCUGGAGUUGACACAGCGGGAGUUUAUGCGGCAGGACGACUGCAUGGUGCUCAAGGAGUUCCUGAGGGCCAACACGCCCACCAUGGACAAACUGCUGGCAGACUGCAAGACGGCUCAGGAGGCCUACGAGUCCGUGGUGGAGUACUUCGGGGAGAACCCCAAGACCACAUCCCCCUCCAUGUUCUUUUCCCUCUUUAGCCGCUUCAUCAAGGCAUACAAGAAAGCUGAGCAGGAAGUGGAACAGUGGAAGAAAGAAGCAGUUGCCCAGGAGGCAGGCACUGAUGCCCAAGGCAGAGGGGAGCCCUCAGCACCCAAGUCCCCACCCAAGGCCCGGCGGCAGCAGAUGGACCUCAUCUCGGAGCUAAAACGGAAGCAGCAGAAGGAGCCACUUAUCUACGAGAGUGACCGCGAUGGGGCCAUUGAAGACAUCAUCACAGUGCUCAAGACGGUGCCCUUCACGGCCCGCACCGGCAAGCGGACAUCCCGGCUCCUCUGUGAGGCCAGCCUGGGAGAGGAGAUCCCCCUCUAGCUCCCCAGGUACCCAGAGGGCCUAGCCUCUGACCCCAGUGGCUGCCCUCAGCCCUGGGAGCCUUUAGGGGAACUGGGCCCCGUGCUUGGACGGGAUGUGUUUGAGGGCAAACAAACAGUGCCCCCUCCCACAUGCACACAACCUGGGUCCCUAGAAGGGUAAGGCCUGUGCUCGGGAGUGGGAGUCCUAGCCCUGGGCAGACUCCUGAAGGGUGUAUGUGUCUCCUCUCG